AUGAUGAAAUUGCUGAAGUUUGGAAUCAUUUCUUUUGUGCUCCUCGAAAGUAUAAUUCCUACAGUCUUAUCCAAAGUUUUUAGCGAUGGAGCUUGCCAACCGAAGACUCCAGAAAAUCAUUUCAAGCCUAAGCACCCAAUGAUAACAUUAGACAAGGAAUUCUUAGAUCAGUACAAUGAAAUCAUUGUAAUUGGUGAUCAACAUGGAUGUUACGACGAACAGCAGCUAUUAAUAAACAGAUACAAUCUCAAUGAUACAGUUUUAAAAAUAUUCACGGGAGAUAUUACUGUAAAAGGCCCAAAGAACCUCGAAGUUCUACGGUAUAUAAGGAACUGCAAGACUUGCAUCACUGUCAGAGGCAAUAACGACGAAAAAACCCUGCUGGCUAUUUGGAUGAAAGAAGUUAAACACAAUUACACUUAUGACCGGUAUGGUGAAUGGAUGAACGAUUUGACAAAGGAUGAAAUUAAAUGGUUGAAACAGCUUCCAUAUUCGCUUUAUCUGCCAAGUUUGAAUGCCAGAGUGUGCCACGCAGGAUUCUUACCAGGUGGAGUACCUAUUGAAGAUAACACACCUUAUACAAUUAUGAACAUCAGAACAGUUAUUACUGACCCGAAAUGCCCAGGUGGCUGGAGACCAACUCGAGAAGAAUUCCUCCACUUGCAUAACGAUCCAUCGUUUCCGUGGGCUUCGCAAUGGCGUGGACCAGAACAUAUUUAUUUCGGACAUGAUCAUAAAAGGCAACUACAGUUGUAUCCCUUCGCGACUGGUGUCGAUACAGCCUGUGUUAGAGGACACUACAUGACAGGGAUUUUUAUCAAAGGGCCUAGAGCAGGGACUUUCGCUACCCAACCAGCUUUGGCUCAGUAUUAUAGAGGUAAAGUUUAG